CAACAUGUUUUAACAGCAGCUAAGAAAACCUUUGAAAAGAAGAUGAAUACAGCUUCCCAAAUUGCUCAAACAAAGAAAAGAUGUAUAGAUAUGGAGACACCGGACUCCAUACUAGUGAAUAUGAACUUGAAAGCAUUAAUUAACAACAAUACAUUUGGAAGCUUACCCCCACUUUACCAGUAUCAUCUGACUCAGCUACUUCCUUCUGUGGACUUGGUAAUUGAUUCAGACUACUCCACAAGGCUUUGUACUUCAACUUUUAGCAAUGAAUUUUUUGCUAGAGCAUGUCAGGAUUGGCAGGAACGUCUUGCAGAAGGUGAAUUUACACCUGAAAACCAACAGAGGAUGAAAACAGAAUUAGAGAAAGAAAAUGGGAAGCUAGAUCCUUGGAAACUGAAAUAUUUUGAGCCUGUUUGGGGAAAGAAAAGUACUGCUGACAUCAGUGAUGAAGAAAGAACAUCUUCAUUUUUUGUGGAUAAUUUGUCAUUGAAUUCAUCUCUCAUCACACACAACAGAUGCCCUUUAACCAUUAAAAUCGAACCAAUAAUUCAAAGGAACCAUUUUAAGCCUGCCAUUGUGAGACAAACAUGUCCUGCAGUAACAUUUUCCAAUGCACUAACAAGUCCUCUUCAGGCUGUGGACAUGAGUACCCUCAGAGUGAUGGAAGUUAGGAUCUGAUUGAUUCAACUUUUCUGAAAGAGACAGUUAU